UUUUCCCAAAGCACUUCCAAUCUCUCUUCUCUCUCUCUCUCUCUCUCUCUCCCUCUCCCUCAAAACUUCACCCACCUACUUAAGAUCAGAAAACAAACCAGUUUCUUCAUAACAUCAAGAGCUGAGCUCACAUUUAACACAUAGUGGUGGGGGUGGUGUGAAAAGAGAGAGAGUGGGAUAUAGAGAAGAAAUCAAAAGCAAAGGUGUUGAAGAAGAUAAGUGUUGUAGUAACAAAGGGGGGGUUUGGGGGGUGGGUGUUGGCUAAGUGAUGCGUGCAGGGGCUUGUACAUUGCCACAGACCCUCACAACAGAGGCUGCUUCAGUAUUGAAGCACUCUCUAGCGUUGGCUAGGAGGAGAGGCCAUGCACAGGUCACUCCUCUCCAUGUGGCCACAACUUUGCUGAGCUCAAGAGCUAGUCUCUUGAGAAGGGCUUGUCUCAAAUCUCAGCCACACCAAACUUCUCAUCCUCUGCAGUGCAGAGCUCUUGAGCUCUGCUUCAAUGUGGCUCUCAAUAGGCUCCCAACAACACCUGGUCCACUCCUCCAUGGUCAGUCCUCUCUCUCCAAUGCUCUGAUUGCAGCACUCAAGAGAGCACAAGCACACCAGAGGAGAGGCUGCAUAGAGCAGCAACAACAACAGCCUCUUUUGGCUAUUAAGGUAGAGAUUGAGCAGCUCAUUUUGUCUAUCUUAGAUGAUCCUAGUGUUAGCAGGGUUAUGAAAGAAGCUGGUUUCUCUAGCACUGCUGUCAAGAACAACCUUGAGGACUCUUCUGCUUCUUCUGUGUUUCAGUGUUAUAAUAGUAGCUCUGGUGGGGUUUAUUCCUCUCCUUGCUCUCCUUCUCCCACUGAAACCCCCAAUCCAACCAAUUUCUGGCAUUCCCAAUUCCUGACUUACACUUCUGACCAAAACCCUUUAAUCUUUUCCCCUCAAAAGAAGAUUUCAACCAACCCCAUCACAGAUUCAGCUUCUCUCAAGGAAGAUAUCAAGUUGGUUUUGGAGGUCUUGUCGAGGAAGAAGAGAAAAAACACAGUGAUAGUUGGAGACUCUGUGUCCAUCACUGAAGGCCUUGUUGCUGAGCUGAUGAGUAAAAUAGAGAGAAAAGAAGUUCCUGAGGAGCUGAAAUCAGUCCGUUUUGUCAAGUUUCAGUUCUCAUCUCCUUUGAGGAUGAUGAAGAGGGAAGUAGUUGAGCAGAACCUAUUAGACCUGAAAAGGAAGGUGGAUUCUUUUGCAUUAGGAGGUGUGGGAGUGAUUAUCUACACAGGAGACUUGAAAUGGACACUUGAACCAAGUGCUUGUGAGGUAGAGGGAGGGUGUUCAAAUGGAGAAGUCUCUGGUUAUAGUCCAAUUGAUCAUUUGGUUGCAGAGUUGGGAAGGUUGCUUUGUGAGUAUAGCAGCAGCUCAAGCACUACAAAUGUUUGGUUAAUGGCAACUGCAAAUUAUCAGACUUACAUGAAGUGCCAGAUGAAGCAACCCCCUCUUGAGAUUCAAUGGGCUCUUCAAGCUGUUUCUGUUCCUUCUGGUGGUCUUGGUUUGAGUCUUCAUGCUACAAGUGUGCAUGAUUCAAGGAUAAUCUUCCCACAUAACCCAUCUCAAGAGCUGGAAACAAAGCCAUUUAUCAGCAAGGAGGAAGAAGAUAAGCUCACUUGCUGUGCAGAAUGCUCCUCCAAUUAUGAAAAAGAAGCUGGGUUGUUCAAGUCAGGCCAGCAGAAGCCUUCUUCAUAUUACCUAAGCUCUUGCAACACCAAGGAAGUGGACAAAGGUUCAACCCAUUUGCCUUGUUGGCUGCAAUCACAUGGCGCCGAACCACGCCAAAAGGAUUAUUUAUUUGAGUUGAAGAGGAAAUGGAACAGAUUGUGCCAAAGCCUUCAUCAGGGAAGGCACACUCAUAACCAUCCAAAUUCCUCUUUGUUCAACAAUCAAGGAUUAAUUGGAAAGGGCUACUCUUAUGCUUCAUCGUACCCGUGGUGGCCUAAUCAGAGCAGCAUCUCCCCCUACUCCAAUUCAAUUUCAUUCGCGGAUUCAGCUUUGAAGCCCAGCCAAAGUGCCAGUUCUCUUCCUCGCUUCAGACGUCAACAAUCGUGUCACAUUGAGUUCAGUUUCAGUAAUGGGAACCACAAGCACCAACCAGUGGAACCAAGCCUUGAUUCGCUUAAGAACACAGAAGGGAAAGAAGUCAAGAUCACUCUUGCACUUGGCAAUUCUCUAUUCUCUGAUGCCGGAAAAUUGGCACAAUCAAGAGAUCAUGAGGAAAUGUGCAAGUUUGUACAAGAAAAUGUGCCAUGGCAAGCAGAACUCAUCCCUUCAAUAGUGAAAGCUUUGAUUGACUCCAAAUCAAUCAAGAAGGAGAGUUGGUUACUGAUUGAGGGGAAUGAUAUCGUAGGAAAAAGAAGAUUGGCACGUGCAAUCGCGGAAUCAAUGUUUGGUUCAGUUGAUUCUCUUUUCUGCAUAAACAUGAGAAAUGGAGAUCACAGAAUGAGUCCUAGCUCUGAAGUCCUCGAGAGAGCCUUCAGAAAUCACGAAAAACUUGUCGUUCUAGUGGAGGAUGUUGAUUUUGCUGAUGCACAGUUCAUAAAAUUUCUUGCUGAUGGAUUCGAAACUGGAAAAUUUGGAGAAUCAAGUAAAAGGGAAGGAGAUUUUGGCCAAACAAUAUUCAUUCUAACAAAGGGUGAGCCUACAAGUUAUGAAGAUGACAACAAAAGUUCGAAUUCUGUAAUCCAGAUGAAAUUGCAGCUCAAUGAAACAAUUCCAAAUUCGGGGACAUCCAGCUUUGAUCACAAGAGGAAAGCUGAAUGGGAAUUGCCAAACAAAGCCAAGAGUCCGAGAAUGAACGAAAAGGAACACUCUUCGUUCAUUGCUGUCGAGAAUGGGAACAGCAAGAAAGAAUUCACAAGGCAGCUGAGUUCCAACACCCUUGAUCUGAACAUCAGAGCCGACGAGGAUGAGGAAGACGGAAGCAAACCCGGAGAUCUUAGCCCCAUUUCAAGUGAUUUAACUCGCGAAACCGGAAAUGAUCUCCAGAAUCCAGUUGGGUUCCUUGAAUUGAUAAACAAUCGCUUCAUCUUCGAUUGGAAUUCGACUCGAGAUGGCCAGAUGAGAGAGAUGUUCUUGUUCAAGAUCAAAGGGUGUUUUGAGGAGGUGUUUGGGAGUAAAAAUUUGGGAAGCUUCACAGUUGAAGAGAUGCUGUUAGAGGAAGUUUUAUUUGGGUCUGGGUGUUUUCUCAACAGCUUGUUUGAAAAGUGGUUGGAAAAUGUUUUUCAAACGAGCUUACAAACAGUCAAAAUUGGCGGGAAGGAAAAUAUGAGUGUGAGGCUCUGUUUUGGAGGGAAAGGAGAGAGUAGUUUGGGGAAUGGGUUCAUGGGUUCAAGUCUACCCAAGAAGAUCCAAUUUCAGUUCAUGGGUUAGGGGGGGAUUCACAUGUAAAAGAACAUCUUUCUACGAAAUGGAAAAUGACCAAAAUGUACUUGUGUAACUUCUUAUGUUCUUAAUAGAAUGUCCUUUUUUUCCUUCAA